UCUUAAUUCACGCUCAUCUCCCCCUGUACUAUAUUACCUUUUGGAUUCCAGACGUUUCAGCUGGAUCUCAUCUCCUUCCCCUCCUCUUCCUCCAACCACCCUUCUGCCUUCAUUGUUUAUACCUUUUUUUUUUGGCACCCCAUAUCAUUGCCUUUUUGAGCUUGAAUAUUUACAUUUGGUCCAGAAUGACACCUCCAGAUUAUCUCCAGCGAUAUAAACAGCUGGUCUCCAUAGAACAGGACAAAAACUUAUUCAUUGAGGAACUCCUGCAGCGUGUGACAGAGCUUGAGUCUGCAUUCAAACAGGAGAAACUGGACCAUGAGCGCGAGACACAGUUCAAUCGAAAUAUCCAGCUGCACGAGAUGGAAUUAAUGGAACAGAUCACGAGAUUUAAGGCUAUCAUGGACCGCGAGCUCUUCAUGGUUGUACUGCUAGACGGAGCCGGGAUCAUCUUCAAGGAUGAGUUCGUCCUCCAGGGCGAAGAAGGUGGGAAGACUGCGGCCGGAAUGCUUUCCGCCGCUGUGAAACGGUAUGUGGCCAGCCAUUUUCCAGGCCUGGAAGUCAAGAUCAUCACCAAGAUGUACGUCGACUUGAAGGGGCUGAGUGAGCUCUAUGUUCGAGGCGGGAUCACCACCGACCCGUCGUUGAUCGGAGAAUUUGCCCGAGGCGUCAACAGUAGUCAUCCACUCUUCGAUCUCGUGGACACCGGGGCUGGCAUGGACUGUGCGCAUGAUAAGAUCGGAGAGGCCUUCAAGCUCAAUUUGUUUAACUGCCACUGCCAUCAGAUCUUCCUAGGCUGCUCAGACGAUAGCGCAUACUAUCGAAUGUUGAAAGAAGCCCAGGGCGAGGUGGACCUAAUAGGACGGGUGUCCCUGAUCGAGGGAAUCCCCUUUGAAAAAGACCUGGACGCCCAUAAAGCAUCGUAUAGAGUUGCACAAUUCCCCCAGAUCUUUCGAAAUACGAAGAUCACCCCGAUCUGGGCUCCAUGGAAAGCCGCGGUGACCUCCAAACCCCCGCGACUUCCACUCACCCCAUCCCCCAGCCAGCAGAACCACGCAGCAGCAGUGCCUCUCUCUCUCUCCCGAUCCUCCACCAACAACACCUCCAUCACCAACGCCAGCACAUCCAUAUCCUCCACAUCCUUCAGACCCCCCAGCCCAGGCGAAUUCCAACUAGUCCGCGCCAAACACACCACCCCCAGUUCCAUCUCCGUGCUCCCCCGAGUCGUGGAACGGAACCGGUACGGGCAGCGGGUCGACCGACUGAACUUCAAGAACGUCCCGCGGGACGAGAUGCAGAGCAUGAAGAAACUCAAGCUCUGCAACCUGCAUUACCUGCUCGGCGAAUGCACCGUGGACGAUUGCCAACAUGACCACUCGCGCAAGCUGACCAAGAGCGAGCUCCUUACCUUAAUGGCCAUCGCCCGCCUGACCCCUUGCCGCUUCGGGCUGGAAUGCGACGACCCCGACUGUACAUAUGGACAUCGCUGCCCCCAUGCUGAUCCGGGCCAGAGGGAUUGUCACUGGGGGUCGAGUUGUCGCUUUGAGCCUUUCGCCCAUGGUAUCGAUACAACUAUCGUCAAAACAACAAAAGUGUAACCUUUCUUUCUCUCUCUUUUUUUUUUCUUUCAUUGACCGCACAUGCGCUCGGUCCUCGGUGUGUAUCCCUCCAUCAAGAAUAUGUAUUUUCUUCAUUCCCCCUUUUUGUUUUUUUUCUUUUCUUUUCUACUGAAGACCC